GCCUGCAUACGGGUUGUCUCCAGCUGUUAUUUGAAAGGCCCACUUGAUGUUGAUAAUAAAUACUGAACGCAAGUUCUGUCUUUUCUAAUAUUAUAUUAAUAUCUUACUUUCACAUUAAACUUUUUUGAAUCGAGUACAAGGAAAUGGGGAAUUGCCAUACUGUUGGACCUAACGAAGUCUUGGUAAUUUCAGGUGGAUGCUGCCAGGGAGGUGAAACAAAACCAAAGCUUAUUGUUGGAGGUUGGGGAUGGGCAUGGGCCUGUGUCAGUGAUGUUCAACGGCUGACAUUGGAAGUGAUGACUUUGAAUCCAACUUGUGAAUCUGUUGAAACUGCCGAGGGUGUGGCUGUCACUGUGACAGGUGUUGCUCAGAUCAAAGUUAUGCAAGGACAGUUCUUGAAAACAGCAUGUGAACAAUUUCUUGGAAAGACUACUAGAGAAAUUGAAGAUGUAAUUUUACAGACUUUAGAAGGACAUCUUCGAGCUAUUCUUGGAACUUUGACGGUUGAAGAAAUCUAUAAAGAUCGAGACAGCUUUGCAAAGCUUGUUCGAGAAGUAGCAUCUCCAGAUGUUGGCAAGAUGGGAAUUGAAAUUCUGAGUUUUACAAUCAAGGAUAUUGUUGAUAAAGUACAGUAUUUAGAUUCAUUGGGAAAAACUCAAACAGCUAAAGUUAAACGUGAUGCUGAUAUUGGUGUUGCUGAGGCUAACAGAGAUGCAGGAAUUAGGGAAGCAGAAUGUACCAAAGAAAUGAUGGAAGUCAAAUAUUCAACUCAAGCUAAAAUUGCUGAUGCUUCAAGGGAAUAUCUAAUGAACAAAGCAGCAUUUGACCAAGAAGUUAACACAAAAAAUGCUGAAGCUGAACUGGCUUACGAGCUUCAGGCCAACAAAGAGAAACAGAAGAUUCGCGAAGAAGAAAUUCAAAUUCAAGUUGUUGAACGUAGAAAGCAAAUUUCUGUAGAAGAAAAAGAAAUUGAAAGGAAAGAGAAAGAACUAACAGCAACUGUAAAAAGACCAGCCGAAGCUGAAAGCUACAAAGUGCAGACCUUGGCACAAGGACAAAGGACAAAAACUGUCGCUGCUGCACAAGCAGAUGCUGAAAAGAUUAAGAUGAUUGGUGGGGCUGAAGCUGCUUCAAUUGAAGCAAUCGGUAAAGCUGAAGCAGAAAGAAUGAGACAAAAAGCCGCAGCUUACAAACAGUAUGGUGAUGCUGCCAUGAUGUCUUUGAUAUUGGAAUCUCUUCCAAAAAUUGCAGCCGAAGUAGCUGCACCUUUAUCGAAGACGGAACAAAUUGUUAUGAUCAAUGAUGGUGGAAGUAGCAGUGUUUCCAGUGAAGUUACAAAACUGGUUGGUCAACUCCCCCCUGCUGUACAAGCCUUAACUGGUGUGGAUCUUUCAAAGGUUCUUGGUAAAGUGCCAGGUGCACAAGUUCAAUGACGUCAUAAAAUGUUUAAAUGCUUAUGAAUACUCAUUUCAUCAUCUAACAAAAUAAAUUAUGCGCAAAUAAUUUAGCCACUUUAUUAUUCCAAUGGCGCAUUCACAAUUUUUUUGAAUAAUCAUGAUUUAUAUCGUAAUUUUAUCAUGCUUUAAAAAAAAAGGAUGCAGAUUGACAAGUUAGUCUGAACUGCUUUUUCAUUGAACUUAUUUAAAAUAUAUCAUAAAACUUUAAUAUUAUCAUCAAGAACAUAUAUGACGUAAUUACAAGGUAGCAACUAUAUUCCAUAAUUUUUUUUCAAUGGUGUGAAUAUAUCAUUUCAAAGCAAUAUACAACCUCGCCAUGUA